GUAAACGGGACCAUCUGUUAAUGAAUGUGAAAUGGUAUUACCGCCAGUCUGAGGUACCUGACUCCGUCUACCAGCACCUGGUGCAGGACCGCAACAAUGAGAACGACUCUGGUCGUGAGCUGGUUAUUACUGAUCCCGUGGUUAAGAGCAGAGAGCUUUUCAUCUCAGACUAUGUGGACACUUAUCAUGCUGCUGCCCUCAGGGGGAAAUGUAACAUUUCACACUUUUCUGACAUAUUUGCUGCCAGGGAGUUCAAAGCACGAAUCGACUCUUUCUUCUACAUCUUAGGAUAUAACCCAGAAACCAGGCGAUUAAACAGUACACAAGGGGAGAUUCGAGUCGGUCCCAGUCACCAGGCCAAGCUGCCAGAACUCCAGCCCUUUCCCUCUCCUGGAGGUCAGGCAGUGACAGAGAAUGAGGAGCUGGUUUGGAUGCCUGGGGUCAACGACUGUGACCUGCUCAUGUACCUGCGGGCAGCCAGGAGCAUGGCAGCAUUUGCAGGGAUGUGUGAUGGGGGGUCAACAGAAGACGGCUGCCUCGCCGCCUCACGAGAUGACACUACACUUAACGCAUUAAACACUCUUCAUGAGAGCAGCUAUGAUGCCGGGAAAGCCCUGCAGCGGUUGGUGAAGAAGCCAGUGCCCAAGCUGAUCGAGAAGUGCUGGUCAGAAGACGAAGUGAAACGGUUCAUAAAGGGUUUAAGGCAGUACGGGAAGAACUUUUUUAGGAUUCGGAAAGAAUUGCUCCCUAACAAGGAGACGGGGGAGCUGAUCACCUUUUACUAUUAUUGGAAGAAAACCCCAGAGGCUGCCAGUUGCAGAGCCCACCGCAGGCACCGCAGACAACCCGUCUUCCGCCGAAUCAAGACCCGCACCGCCUCCACUCCCGUCAACACUCCCUCCCGCCCACCUUCCAGCGAGUUCUUGGACUUGAGUUCAGCCAGCGAAGAUGACUUUGACAGUGAAGACAGCGAACAGGAACUGAAGGGCUACGCCUGCCGCCACUGUUUCUCUACCACCUCCAAGGACUGGCACCACGGGGGUCGCGAGAACAUCCUGCUGUGCACCGACUGCCGGAUCCAUUUUAAGAAGUACGGCGAACUACCCCCCAUUGAGAAGCCUGUAGACCCACCACCGUUUAUGUUCAAACCUGUCAAAGAGGAAGAAGAUGGACUCAGUGGGAAGCAUAGCAUGAGGACUCGACGGAACCGCGGCUCAAUGUCAACGCUACGAAGUGGCCGCAAGAAGCAAACCGCCAGCCCAGAUGGCAGAGCCUCACCAACCAAUGAGGAUCUGCGUUCCAGCGGGCGUACCUCACCCAGUGCAGCCAGCACCUCCAGCACUGACAGCAAGACUGACUCGAUGAAGAAACCCAGCAAGAAGACAAAGGAAGAGGUGCCAUCGCCUUUGAAGAGUGCCAAACGUCAGAGAGAAAAAGGAGCCUCUGACACAGAAGAGUCUGAGAGGGCAAGCGCCAAGAAGUCUAAAACGCAGGAACUCCGGCCGGACUCGCCCUCGGAAUGUGAGGGAGAGGGUGAGGGCGAGAGCUCGGACGGUCGCAGCGUGAAUGAUGAGGGCAGCAGUGAUCCCAAGGAUAUUGACCAGGACAACCGCAGCUCCUCACCCAGCAUCCCCAGCCCACGUGACAACGAGAGCGACUCGGACUCCUCAGCGCAGCAACAGAUCCUCCAGGGUCAGCACCCUCCAGUCAUCCAGUGCCAGACGGGGGCUUUACCCCCGGCCCCUCCUUCCACAGCUGCAGCCUCCACACCACCCUCCACAGGCACACCUUCGCUGUCAUCCCAGUCAUCCCCCUCCAUCCCCCCUACCUCCAUGCCUCCUCAGCAGACACCUCCAGCAGGUCCGCUGUCUCUCAUCCAGUCAGGGGUGCAGAGGCUGCCCUCACCCCAUUCCCCACUGCAGGGCAUAACCCAGCCUCCUCCACCUACUCAGACCGGCCCUCAGUCCCUGCAGCCUCCACUACAUUGCCCCAUGCCGCCCAUGGGCCACCCUCUGCAGGCGGGGCCGUCACACAUGCCUCACCCUCAUGCUAUACCUGCUCAGUCCUUCCCAAUCGGUCAGUCUCAGGUCCUCCCUUCACCACUCCCAGGUCAAUCCCAAGCUGCCUCCCUGUCUCAACAACAGCGACCUCACACCCCUCCAUCCCAAUCGCAAUCCUCCUCACAGAGCGGCAGCCAGCCUCCCAGAGAGCAGCCUUUGCCAUCAGCACCAUUGCCUAUGCCCCACAUCAAACCUCCGCCUACCACCCCUAUCCCACAAAUGCCAAACCCUCAGUCACACAAGCAUCCCAGCCACCCCCCAUUCCCACAGAUGCCUUCCAACCUGCCCCCACCACCUGCCUUGAAGCCCCUCAGCUCUCUAUCCACGCACCACCCUCCCUCUGCCCAUCCGCCUCCCCUUCAGCUCAUGCCUCAAAACCAGCAGCUACAGCCUCCACCAGUGCAACCUCCAGUGCUCACCCAGUCCCAAAACCUUCCGGCAACAGGAAGUCAAGCGCCCCCGCCGGCUCCUCCGCUCCCUUCCUCUUCCUCUGCCUCACACUCGGCGCCUUCCCAGCCACCCUUCCCUCCUCAUUCCUUCAUGCCCGGCAACUCGCCCGUCCUGUCACCCUCCGCCGUCUCUUCCUCUGUGGCGAGCUCAAUGACUAUGCUGCAGCAGCCACCCUCCUCCAUAUCCAUGCCCCUGCCUGCAUCGGUCAGUGCGCCCUGCCCAGGACCCUCCACUGUGCCACCUGUACAGAUCAAAGAAGAGCCACUGGAUGAAGCUGAGGAGCCAGAGAGUCCUCCACCACCACAGAGGAGCCCUUCACCUCCACCCACUAUUGUCAACACUCCCAGUCACGCCAGCCAGUCUGCACGGUUCUACAAACAUCUGGACCGAGGUUACAACACAUGUGCCAGAACAGACUUCUACUUCACACCACUGGCCUCGUCGAAACUGGCAAAAAAGCGUGAGGAGGUGCUGGAGAAAGCCAAGGGGGAAGCAGAGCAGAAAGCACGAGAAGAAAAAGAAAAGGAGAGAGAACGAGAAAAAGAAAGAGAACGAGAACGGGAGAGAGAGAAAGAGGCUGAGAGAGCUGCUAAAGCUUCCAGUUCUUCUCAUGAGGGUCGCAUGGGUGAACCCCAGAUGCCGGGAUCAGCUCAUAUGCGGACCUCUUUUGAUCCACCACCCACCACCAUCGCCACUGUGCCCCCUUAUAUCGGCCCUGACACACCCGCCCUGCGCACCCUCAGCGAAUACGCUCGGCCCCACGUCAUGUCCCCCACCAACCGCAACCAUCCUUUCUUCGUCUCACUCAACCCCGCAGACCCACUGCUGGCCUACCACAUGCCCGGCCUGUACAACGCAGACCCCGCCAUGCGGGAGCGUGAGCUGCGGGAGCGAGAGAUGCGGGAGAGGGAGAUCCGAGAGAGGGAGAUGAGAAUGGAGAGGAUGAAGCCGGGCUUCGAGGUCAAACCUCCAGAAUUGGACAGCCUGCAUCCUUCCGCUAACCCCAUGGAGCACUUUGCACGGCACGGGCCUAUUGGUCUCCAACACAUGGCUGGCCAUCAUCCAUUCGCCUCCUUCCACCCGGGCCUGAAUCCACUGGAGCGGGAACGGCUGGCGCUGACCGGGCCUCAGCUACGGCCUGAGAUGACCUACCCUGAGCGACUGGCCGUUGAGAGGAUGGCUUCUGUUGCUAACGACCCCAUCGCACGGCUGCAGAUGUUCAACGUGACGCCACACCACCAUCAGCACUCGCAUAUCCAUUCACACCUGCACCUGCACCAACAGGACCCUCUGCACCAAGGUGGUGGUGAAUGUCUUGUGUGUCCCCCAGGUUCUGGGGCACAUCCGCUCGUAGACCCACUGGCCGGCGGACCGCACCUCACCCGAUUCCCCUACCCACCUGGAGCCAUCCCCAACCCCCUGCUCGGACAGCCCCCGCAUGAACACGAGAUGCUCCGGCACCCUAUGUUCGGCGCUCCAUACCCCAGGGAUCUCCCACCACCCAUGUCAGCGGCACAUCAGCUCCAGGCCAUGCAUGCACAGUCUGCAGAGCUACAGAGAUUGGCCAUGGAGCAGCAGUGGCUACACAGUCAUCACCACAUGCACGGAGGGCCUCUGCCAGGACAGGAGGACUAUUACAGCCGGUUGAAGAAGGAAAGCGACAAACAGCUGUGAUCAGCCGAGGGCUCCCAGUGUAUCAGCAGGACACAGGAGGUCACAGCGGAACAGUUACACACGGGAACUCGCGUGUUCUAGGAACGUUUUCAGUUCGCCGAAGCGAUGAGGAUCGUCUGAGGAAACUUCUUUCUGUUGUCAGCUUUCUUCACUAUCCUGGACUUUUUUAAGACAUUGACUUUUUCGGGGGGUUAUAUAUCGUUCAAGUAGUGACAGCGUCCUCAAGACUGAUUGUGACUUUCCUGCAUGAACAUACUCUGAGAAGCUUCCCUGACGUCUUUUGUAGGUGCUAGAGAACCAGAUACUUUGUCACUGUGCUAAUUGGGGGGAAAACAGAGGAACAGAACAGUCGGGCCAUUAUAUCUGAAAAGUGCUAUCUUAAAUUCAAUGUUUAUUUUAAUACAUUGUAGGAGGUUUUCAUAAUGCUAAGAAAAGCUGCAGCAUGGCAUUUUUUGAGUCUGUAAAUAGUAUAUAAAUAUAUAUAUAUAUAUACAUAUAUAAUUAUUACUAUUAUCAUAAUAAUUAUUAUUAGGUGUGGAUUCCUAACAGAUGCGUUAGACCUCCGAUAUAAUAAUUUUCUGAAGUGCCAUCCCUUGUUUCAGAGGGGAAGGAGAUGGCAUCGUCAGAGCAGGUAACCAUGUCAGAUGGUUCGGUCCAUGUAAACGGGGUCUACUGGGUAGAAUGGUACCGGAUUUUAAUCCAAACACCUCUAGAGGUCAAAGCUCAGAUGACGCCUUUUUAUUUUUGUUCGUUUGUUUGAUUUGUUUCAUAUAUGACAGUGUAUGACAAACACUCAUGACAUCAUGACCAUUUUUUUAAUUUCAUUGCUGAACUCAGACCGAGUUAGACGUUGAAAACACUUGAAGGAGGAGGUGCGACGCCUCGUGAGUAUUGGGGCAAGUAGCCCAUUUGGAAAGAAGAAUAUUGCACUGAUUAACCUCAGUUUUGUUUUUUUGUUUUUUUUAUUACAAUAAUUGGCUUUCCUGUGACUUAAGUGUGAGCGAGUGCAUUUCGAAAGCCGUUUCGCUCUGUUCUCUGUGUACCAAAGUUGAGCGACAUUCAGUUUUGCAACUGGGUUCAUAUCUCGGCAAGUUCCUCAGUGCUUAGAGAUUGCUAAACCUUUUUUUAAGUAACAAUAUGACAUCUUGAUGCACAUUUUUUUACUUUUAGAUUUUACACAUUGUCAAAGGGUGCUGGAAAAGAUAGCAAUGCCCCCCCCAAUCCCGGUUUCUCUCCUUAAGUCCUCUUACGAGCUACUCGCACAGUCAGUUUCCCGGCCUACUGUACAAAUUCAUGAAACCAUUCUCACUGUGAAGCCAGGGGGAAGAUGUAUGUGGCGGAGGCGACAUCGAGCUUGGAUUGUGUACCUGUGGGUGCAUGUGUUCACAGUAGUGGAGAUGAUGACUGUGCUUGAGCUUCUCUGCAUUCCUGACACUGCAUUACCUAUGAUGCAUGAUGCCUCUUUAGUUGCUCUCUAUCAUGAUCAGGCUGUUUGAUAGCAAUCAUUGACUGUUACAUGCAGAAUUUUUGUCCGUUUUGUUCGUCUUUUCCAGAUCCGUCAGAAUUAACGUUCGUUAUUUAAAAUGACAAAUGCUAAAAAAUGAGUUUUUACCUCUGGUGAGAUUUGUGUAUGGGCCUUUUUUGAGCUAAAAGUUCAAAGUACAGUAAAAGCUCAUAGUACUGUUUUUAAUUCUCCCCUUUUG